GGAGGGGAUGGGCUUCACCACUUCGAGAUUUCAAGACUCUUCUGGACGACACGUGGCGCCCAUCCGUCUCCCUCCUCCUUCGAGUUUCGCGCGCCACACGAGACGAUUUCUCCUCCGCUCCCGGCAUCCGAUCCCGUUCCGCAGCUCCCCCAUCUUAUAUCUCGCCUGGUAUCCGGCCCUCCGACACUCCACUACCGGUGAACAAGGCCGAACCCAGAACGACCCAUGGCGGCUUCCACCGUCGGACUGGAGCGCCUCCUCUCGCCCUUCAAGCUCUCCUCUUCCUCCACUCCCCCACCGAUCGCGGCGGCACCAAAGCUAGCGCUAGCUCUCCGGCCUUCUCCGCUUCCUCCGAAGCUGCUCUCUUCCCCGAUUCCAUGGUGGAGGGCGUCGCCGCAGUUUUCCGUAAGGGCUUCUUUCACCCCAUCCACCGCCGAAGGACUCAAGAUCGAAUCGGUCCCCACCAAGCCAGUUGAAGGGCAGAAGACCGGGACCAGCGGCCUGAGAAAGAAGGUGAAGGUUUUUCAGCAGGAGAACUAUCUGGCAAACUGGAUUCAGGCGCUAUUUGAUUCUCUGCAACCGGAGGACUACAAAGGAGGCUUGCUGGUGUUGGGAGGUGAUGGUCGCUAUUUUAAUCGUGAGGCUGCUCAGAUCAUCAUCAAGAUCGCUGCUGGGAAUGGUGUCGGAAAAAUUCUAGUUGGCAAGGAUGGGCUAAUGUCAACUCCAGCUGUUUCUGCUGUAAUUCGUAAACAAAAGGCCAAUGGUGGUUUUGUAAUGAGUGCAAGCCAUAAUCCUGGUGGACCAGAGUAUGAUUGGGGUAUUAAGUUUAAUUACAGCAGCGGUCAGCCUGCCCCCGAAUCAAUUACUGACAAAAUAUAUGGGAACACUCUUUCUAUUUCUGAAAUAAAAAUAGCAGAUAUUCCUGUUGUUGACCUCUCCUGUCUAGGAGUUACAAACUAUGGUGACUUCAUUGUAGAGGUGAUAGAUCCUGUUUCUGAUUACUUGGAGUUAAUGGAGUAUGUGUUUGAUUUUCAACUUAUCAAGGGUCUUCUUUCUCGGCCUGAUUUCCGGUUUAUAUUUGAUGCCAUGCAUGCGGUGACUGGUGCAUAUGCAAAACCUAUUUUUGUGGGUCGGCUUGGAGCUAGUCUGGAUUGCAUUUCAAAUGGUGAGCCUUUAGAAGAUUUUGGGCAUGGACAUCCAGACCCUAAUCUUACGUAUGCUAAAGAUCUGGUUAACAUUAUGUAUGCUGGGAAUGCACCUGAUCUAGGAGCUGCAAGUGAUGGUGAUGGUGAUAGAAACAUGAUUCUUGGAAGAGGCUUUUUCAUUACACCAUCAGAUUCUGUUGCAAUUAUUGCAGCUAAUGCACAGGCGGCCAUUCCCUACUUUAAAAAUGGUCCUAAGGGUCUUGCCAGGUCUAUGCCAACUAGUGGUGCUCUUGAUUGUGUUGCAGCAAAACUGAAUGUUCCAUUCUUUGAGGUUCCUACUGGCUGGAAAUUCUUUGGGAACUUAAUGGAUGCCGGGAAGAUAUCUAUCUGUGGGGAAGAAAGUUUUGGAACUGGAUCUGAUCACGUUCGUGAGAAGGAUGGCAUAUGGGCUGUUUUGGCUUGGCUUUCUAUCAUUGCUUACCGCAACAAGGACAAAAAGGUUGGGGAGAAGUUGGUCUCAGUUGCAGAUGUUGCUAAGGAGCACUGGGCAACCUAUGGCAGGAACUUCUUUUCUAGAUAUGAUUAUGAGGAAUGUGAAUCUGAUGGAGCCAAUCAGAUGAUGGAGUACUUGAGGGACCUGAUUUCUAAAACCCAGUCUGGAGAAAAAUAUGGAAAUUAUAUCCUUCAAUUUGCUGAUGACUUUAGCUAUACUGAUCCGGUUGAUGGCAGUGUAGCAUUGAAGCAAGGCCUCCGCUUUGUAUUUACAGAUGGAUCAAGGAUUAUAUAUCGUUUAUCGGGCACUGGAUCAGCAGGUGCAACUAUCCGCAUUUAUAUUGAACAAUUUGAGCCUGAUGUCUCCAAGCAUGAGAUGGAUGCACAAAUAGCAUUGAAGCCCUUGAUAGAUUUGGCAUUAUCAAUUUCAAAGCUCAAGGAGUUCACUGGCAGGGAGAAGCCCACAGUUAUCACAUAAGUCACCGGAAGGAUUCGUGAUUAUGCCAGUCUUUUAUGUAUAUGAUGGAGUGUCCAUUUUCCUCCCAAUAAAAGGAUCAAUUUGUAGGGUCAAUGCACAUGUAGGACUCAUUGGCUUACGCUUGACUUUGUUAUUUAUAUGUUACUGCCAGUCAAAUGCCUUCUUCGGUGCAGGGUGUAGGCUUCUCGUAGAAGCAGCAGCGCCCAUGUAAAGGCUUCUUGUAGAAGCAUCAGUGCCCGUGUAAAUGUGAGAAAAGGUAUAUGUUUUUCAUAUUCUAUUUGAAUGUCACUUGUAUCCCAUCAUUCUCGUCCUGUGCCCCCUAAUACAAUCAGAGAGAACCGAAAGGACGUGUGAAAUGCCUUUUGCUUUUUGUACC